AUGACAGCAGUACUCAGGAGUAAUAAAUACAUGGAUUUUAAAGCUUCUGAAAUACAUAAUAUCAAUACACACUUUAAGGUGGUAGAUGCGGGCUCUUGGCAAUUGAAGCAUUAUUUAAGUUUUCGUCUAAAAACGAUGUCACAAUUUCACCAUGGGUCACCGUUUACGACGAUUGGCAAAACUCGCAGAAUUUUAUUUUGCAAAAUUAUACUAAAAAAAAUCCCAACCUGUAUAACUUCCUUCUGCAAAGAAUUGCUCAAUGUAUGUGAAACUUUCGAGGGGUCCGCUGUACGGGAAAACUGCGAGAAGUUGUAUAACAAUUUCUAUCAACUUAACCUUGACAAGCACAUUGAAAAGAAUAUUGUCGAGAGAAUUCGGUUACUUGAUUCUACAAUAUUUUCAGAGCGUAGUUACUCAGGGUUCUUACAAGCAACGUGCCAAAGACAAGAAGCUUCGGCGUCUGAUGAAAAUCGACGUGAAGAACCUGAAUUGAAUAGAGAGGAAGGCAAGCAAGAAGAAUCGCGUCAAUUUGUAGGACCACAAACUUCCGAUUCAUCAGAUCUGUCUUCGAAGAAGACAAUCGACUGCCAAGAAGUGAAUAAGAUCAAUGAUUAUGUAGAGGUGGAAGAAAAUGCCGGAGAUAGUAAUGGUCAAUUUGUAGAACGGAUAGAAGAUUAUAAAACAACGUCAAAAACCUGCCGAUCGUGGGUCCUCCGUAGUGGUACUGACGUUGGAGAGGUAUUAGCAAGAUAUGUGGAAACUAUUCCGGAGGCUCAAAAAUGUUUAAAUCUCGCUUAUUGGAACAUCCUUGAUCUUACUGAGGAUACCCUAAUAAGAUCUUUAUUUUCAGCGAAUGACUGGGAAGAAAUAACGGAGAGCUUUGGAAGAGAUGUAAUUUUAAUCGAAUCAGAUAUACCGGAUGUCGAAAUAUAUUUUUUUAAUGAAGUGGAAAAGGAAAUCGAAAGAUUAUCUCCAGAAAUAAUUGAAAAGAACAAUCAUGUUGAGCUAGCAAACAAUGAAAAAGAUAUUGUUGAUAAUAUCAGACGUGCUAUCAUAACAUAUGCCGAAAAUUUAAAAGGGCUCGAACUACCCGUUUCAGAGAGCGAUUUUGACAAUGAUUUUCCGAACAUGUUGACAAAACGAUUCUUAGAUAAAGAAGACCUCAAGAUGGAUGUGAAUGAAGGGCGCUCGAUUAUCCUUCGCGCACGAAUAGGCCAGAAGUGUGAUUUUCGGGGCACAUUAAAAAAUAAUGUUAAUAGUCUCGAAGCAACCAUUGGGCUUAGAAGCGGUGGUCUACCGGUCGCCAAUCGCAGAAAAAUAUUAGAGGAUCGUAUUGAUCUUUCCGUAGCUAUGCGUGAUGUUUUGUACGAUUUCUUCAAGGCUAAUUCGAAUGCACCUGGAGACGAUCUCCAUCACACGGUGGGUUCACGCGUACUACGCCUCGGAAGACUUUCCCAGACCAAGAUGCCAAACACCCAGAAAUCGCUUGCAAUUCUUGAAGGAUUUUAUGCGCUCAUGUCAGAUGUCAAGGCUACGUUGAAGGCAAUUUGCGACCAUACAAAUAAAGUCUCACUUUCCAAUUCACGUGCACAUAGAGAUCGCAAGAGGAAAAAAUCAGUACAUGACAAGCAACUCGGAUCGUUUGGAACACCUUCAACAAGCCCAAAGAAAAGUAAAUCGGGUGAUCUUUAA